UGAUCACACAGGGUGGAAAGCAUUAGCACCGCAGUCUUCCGAUAUGCCAGGAGUGCUACCUGCUCCCAGCGGACCGUCUCCGAAAGUGAACAUCUCGUCUGGACCCCUUCCUGCUUACAUUUCGGCCUCGCAGGCUCCCACUAAGAAAUCUCCAUGGCGAACCAUUCGCGAAGUGGACUACGUCAAGAGGGCCACUGCAACUUUACCUGAAGAAUUGUACCACAUCAUCUGGCGCGAUGUUGAGGCUUCCAUGAGCCGGUUAAAUUAUGCCAAAGUAAUCAUGAAACUGGAGGACAUGCUCCAAGGGGAUUUCUUCAACGAGUACAUCAAACGAGGCAAUAUCCUCAUGCUUUCUGAGGGGCAGAACGGGGUGGACGAAGUCAUGUCGUUGAGCGAGGGUAGGUCCAGCGCUUCCACCGCGACUUCGAGUAGAGCCAGCGUGGACUAUACCUCUGAUGCUGCCGAACAUAGGGACUCUGCGGCUGGAAUUGUCCAAGGAAUUCUACGAACGUGCCGGUCUUCAAGGAACUCCAGUCCGGUCUGGGGGCCGCAAGCAUGUCAAGUCAAGAUACUUGGUCGAAAUCAACCUGCGCCUCCCGUCCAUGCUCCACGGCAAAAAGGGUUUCGAACGACUUGUCUGGGCAGCGAAGAAUGUUCUGAACCAGAGCCUGAACUGGCUGUUUGUGGACCUGAAUGAAGCAAAGGAGUCCGAUGGUGCUAAAUGGCCCAUUAACGCACAUCAUCCGACCUUCCAACCCUUAUCGCCUACCACUCAAACAUUAUCGAAUAUCCUCUUCCCAUCUACACUGACAACUUCACUUCCCCUCUCUUCUGGGAGCAUGCCGUCGGAAGAGACCCAAGAAACAGUCCACGACCUAUUUGAAUAUCUUGACAUGCUCACGCUCGCCUCGUCUCGUGUUCAGUCAACGGACAAACCGGACCCAUAUAUAAGUCGAUACCGAGUUCCAGAUCUUCCAAACGACGCUACCCUGGAUGACGCGACCCGAGCAGGAGGGAAAGUCAAGACCAUAACCUGGACCGGAUUGGUCACAACUCAGUGGAUGCUAGAGUUACUCUGUGCAAUCAUAAAACAAUCACGCACCAAGAACCUCGACAGCCUCCCGCGACAGGCGCAAUGGCUUGCGCUUUCCGUCUCGGCACAUAAAACCCAAGCAGCCGGACGACAACUUGACGGAUACACCACCCUGCUGCAGCCGCAAGCCGACAGCAUAGAUCGUAGCAAUACCGAGACCGAGACCGAUAUCGAGAAUGGGAACGAGAAAGCGACCGGUUCAGAUGACUCUCGCAGCUCUGCAGCCAUUGACCACCAUGACAUGGCCAUGACCGAAGACCGACGACCUGCCGCCGAAGCUGAGGCUGAAGCUGAAGCUGAAGAUACCGAAGAUGGACGAGGCGCGCUGACGGAGGUGGACGUGGACGUGGACGUGGACGUGGACAUGGACAUGCCGAAUCCCCAGCCUCCCCUGCAAUCCGAUACUAGUAACACGGAGUCGGCAAAGACGCGAACGCGAACCGGAUUCCAACGGUAUCUCUGUGCGGAAUACGUCGACAAUCUGACGUUAUAGCAGGCAUCGCAUCGCCAGAGCGAAAAGCCAUCACCGUAUGGCCUAUCACGGCCUACCAAGAUGCGAAGGGCCAUCAUCUUCGGAGCAUCAAAAAGCCUGCGCGCACGUCGUGGCCGGAUGGAAGGAGCUACGGCUAUUGCCUUGAGCAUAGAUUAUCAUCUAUGAGAGUGUCACUUAUCAAACGCCUUUCUUGAACCAUCGUUCGAAGCAGACGGAUGGGUCUGCACCUCGCGGUGUCAGUGGUACCGUGAACGGUCUAUCACCCACACAGAAGCACGAGGACGACGUUUAAUGAUAAAUUCCUGUAUCAAUACCAAUACUCCCUAUGACCUGGCUAAAA